AUGAAAGUGGCACACAGGAGGCAGACCAACAAAAUGAGCCUCAUGGACAUCACCAAAAUGUUCUCCAUGCUCCAGCCCAAAGAAGAUGAAGAUGACGACAACAACAGAGAAAGUGAGGAGCUGAACCGAGCGGUAGCAGAGGACAACCCCCAAACCCUGGAGAACCUCUUAUGGCAGGACAGGUACAAGAGGGUCAUCAACCGCCAGAGCGGCUGGGGCAUCCCCAGCACGCCGCUGCGCCUGGCUGCCACACGGGGCUGUGCCCGGAGCAUCAGGGUGCUCCUGGCACACGGGGCAGAUGUGGACAGCCUGGACGUGAAGGCUCAGACCCCGCUCUUCAUCGCGGUCAGCAACGGCCACCGGGAGUGCGUGAAGGUGCUGCUGGAGGCGGGGGCCAGCCCCUGCGGCAGCAUCUACAACAACUGCUCCCCGCUGCUCAUCGCCGCGCGGGACGGGAACGUGGACAUCCUGCAGCAGCUCCUGGACCACGGCGCGGAAACCAACGUUCAGGCCAGGCUGCCCCAGUGGGUGGCCAACUCGGUGGCUUGCUCUGGUCCCCUCUACCUGGCUGCUGCAUACGGGCACCUGGAGUGCUUCAAGAGGCUGCUGCUUUAUGGGGCUGAUCCCAACUAUAACUGUACUGAGGAGAGUGUGAUCGCCCACAUCAAGGAGCCCAAGACUCUGCUGGAAACCUGCCUGAGGCACGGCUGCAGGAGUGAGUUCAUAAAACUGCUCAUUGACUUUGGAGCCAACGUGUACUUGCCCAACAUCACGGUGUAUGAGGCCGCACCACGCAGUGAGAGCCUGGAGCUGCUGCUGCAUGCGAGAGCUCAUCCCAAAUCCUUGAUGGCUCAGUCCCGCCUGGCCCUGAGGCGCUUCCUGAAGCCAGCUGCCCACCUCCAUGCCCUCGGCAAACUGGAGAUCCCAACAGCCCUGGCAAACUACCUCCAACACCAGCCAUGACACACGGCCCAGUGCGAGGGACGCCUGCCCUCUACGUGUGCUGAGCACCCACAUUAAAAGCUGCUGUGACACCUGCUCAGCGUGCAACCA